AUCUACUUUUAACGUGUGGUUGUUUGUGCUCUGAAGACAUUUUUUCUCCACUUUUAAGGUUUUAUUUUGAAAUCUUUCCAUGUCAUUUGGAACAAGUAAAAAUCAAGUUCAACAGGAAUGAUCUGGUGACCUGACGUACCUUCAGUUGUUUUCUGUCUGUGAGGAUCUCUGGACGUAGAAGUGUAGUCGCCUUGGGUUUAUUUAUCUGACAAAAUGAGUAAACCAAAGAACAAAAAUGACGACAAAACGGAGAAGGCCCUGGCUGCUGAGAAACAACAGUUUGGCAAACAGCAGCUCCAGAGCCUCAGCAAAAUUGCCAACACAGCUGAAGUUCCACCUAAAGAGAAAUAUGUUCGUAAUAUAAUUCUGGGAACUCACAAAGAGGGCGGAGCCACCACCUUCUGGUCAUACGUCCCCAACCUGCCUCUGUCCAGCCAAUCCCUGGUCAGCUGGAAGGUCUGCUACCUGCUGCACAAAGUGCUCAGAGAGGGACACAGAAAUGUCAUUACAGAUUCUCACAGACACAGCCGCAGCAUAAGAGACAUGGGAGUCCUGUGGGGAAACCUGCACGAUCGAUAUGGUCACAUUGUUGCCUUGUCUGCUAAAUUUCUCCACCUCAAAAUGGAGUUUCAUGCAAAGCACAAGGUGAUUCCAGGUAACCUGGAGGCCUCUGACGACACCCUGGAGAGAGAAGCAGGAACCGACAUGACCAAAGUGCUGGAUAUGACUCAGGAGCUGCUGGAUUACUUGGAUGCUGGACUGAAGAUGGCCGAGACGGUUCUCCGUCAGAUGGACGCCAACGGGGCCAAAUCCACGACCCCGGCUGGUCAGUGCAGGCUGACGCCCCUCAUCCCGCUCAUCCUGGACUGCAGCUACCUCUACCACUUCUCUGUCCGGCUGCUGUUCAAGCUGCACAGCUGCAUCUCUGCGGAUGUGCUCCUCGGACACAGAGAGAGAUUCCGUGACCUUUUCACGAGCCUCACCCAGUUCUUCAACAGAGCCAGAGAAAUUGAGUUCUUUAAGAGCAUCAUCCAGAUCCCAGACCUCCCAGAUGGUCCUCCAAACUUCCUGCGAGCCGCUGCCCUGGCUGAGUACAAAAAGCCAGUGGUGCUGAUACCUGGCGAGGAUCGUCCAGAGGAGGACGAAGUGGAAACGCAGCCAGAGCUCAGAGAAACGCCUCAGACGUCACAGCAGUACUAUUUGGUCAGCCAGAUGGGAGGACCGGAGGCGUCUCUGGACUACAGAGACACCAACAGCAACAGCUACAAGAGGGAGCUGGAGGCGCUGAAACCGGAGAUAGAGCUUAUCAAGAGUGAGGCUCAGAAAUCUAUGAUAGAGUUAAAGUCUCAGGUGAACCGUCUGGAGGCGGAGCUUCAGGAGCAGCGCUCCCACAGACAGGUCGCCCUGGUCGAAAACGAACACCUGCGGAUGGAAGUGGAGGCUCUGCGCAGCGCUAACGUGGCCAACGUUGGAGCUCAGAUCGGAUACAAAGAGGCGGACAGCAGAGCUCAGGCUGCUGAGGUUCGCUUCACGCAGCUCAAAGAGAGACACGCAGAGCUGGUUACGAGCCACGCCGACCUAAUGAAGAAGAACGCAGAAACAGUUAAGAUGCUGUCGAGUACAAAGGUCGUGCAGGACGACUUGCUGAGAGCAAAGCAGCAGCUGGAGAGCGAAGUGGAGAACCUGAGACUGGAGAAAAGAAACGUGACGAGUCAUCAGCAGCAGGAAGUCGACCGCCUGAAUAAAGAGCUGCUGGAGCAGAGAGCGGAGAUGGCCAUGCUCCGCAGCACUCUGGAGAGUAAAGAGCAG